GAUUAUUUGAAAUUAAGGUAUUCAAUUUUUUGUUGUUUCGAUUAAUCAAUCUUGCGAUAAUUUAAUGGACUAUAUUCUAUUUCAUUUUUGUAGUGUGAGAUCUUAGGAUCUGUUUAUUUUUGUUAUGCCAUUUACUCUUACAUGUUAUUUGUGAGGCUAUUUUGUAUUGUGUAUCUCGUCCGGACUGUGCAAUUAUAUUUUUAUUUUUCAUAUUAAUGUUAAAAUUAUACUGUUAAGUUUUUUUUUUGUGAAAUUCAUGACGUAACAUAUUUUCUAAAAAAGUUUACCUUUAUUUGGAUACAAUAACUUCAAUAUCUUGUUUAUAUAUAUAGUGAAAAUAAACUUUUAACUCUAUGACAUUCAUGCCUUGUUUAACUAUCCUUUUUACUUUGUACAAGUUGAGAAAUGUUGAUGUUGGUUCGUUAGCCGAGACAAAUCUGUUUGUACUAUCAAACUCACCUAAUCAGGUAAGUAACUUUAGUCGUAUAUUAAUUGAUGAUUCGUUAAUAAAAGCUUAAAAUGGAGUGACUAUAGGUCAUUUACAUAUGGAGUUAGUCAUAUCUGAACCAUUGAGAUAAGAACUAGGGUAAAAAGGUCUAUUUCAACCUGAACAAUUUCCAUUGUGAUUUUUUAUAUCUUAAUUUUGAUACAGUGACUAUUCCAACCUAAACCAAAGUUUUUUUUGAAAUAAACUACCUUAAUUAUACAUUUAAGUCGAAAUCAACAUUGGCCGAAAUUGUUUUAGUCAACUAUGCUGAGUUGGCUGCCACACAUACAAUUUUGAUUCAAAUGACACAUUAUUUUUGGGUUGCAGAUUGAUAAAUUUUAAUUUAUUUUUGUAUUUUAAUCACAAAUCCCUUAUUUUUAAUAUAUUACUUUAUAUAAUAAUUUUUUAUUGAUUAUACUUUGAUUAUUUAGUUCUAUAACAUUUUAUAAAAAAUGUACCAAAAUUUUAAUAGAAUAAUAUUAUUAAAAUAACAGAUUUUGAUAAAAAAAUAUAAAAAUAAAAUUUGAUUUUAUCAAUCUGCAAACUAAAAAGAUAUGUGGUAGUUGAAUCAAAAAAAAAUCAGAACAUGGCAUUUGACUCAUCAAAAUAUUGUACGCGUGUCAACUGACUCAGCAUAGUUGACUAAAACAAUGUCGGUCAAUGUUGAUUUUGGCUUAAAUCUGAUAGUUGAACUAGUUUAUUUCAAAAAAAUUUAGUUUAAAUUGGAAUAAACACUGUAUCAAAGUUCAUAUAUAAAAAAGCACGAUGGAAAUUGUUCAGGUUAAAAUAAGCCCCUUUGUUUCAUAAUUUUUAGUUUGCAAAUCUGUUAAUUCAGAAGGAAAAAAAAUUGUAUUUAUAUAAGCUUAUUUAUUUGAUUAUUUCGUUUGUGUUUCACAGUGUUUUAGUUAUAUAAACUCAGAGCAUGUCUACAAUCAAAAUUCUAGGUUGAAACUAACUUAAAAAGCGAUUAAGGAAUGAUAAAAUUUGGAGGAUAACAAAAUAGUUUAUACGAUGAGUGGUAGAUCUCCCAUAUGAGAAAGUUGAAUUUUUAUUGACUUGUCCGUUCUUCCUGGAACGUCCAUUUUAGUUUUACCACAAACCAUCAAUUUAUUUCAAACACGGAAGAGAGUGAAACAAAUCCUAAAAAUAGCCAACUUCCUAAAUUUUGAUUUACUAAUUUCUUAUAUUUGAAAUGUUUUUAAUCCUUAAAUCCAAGACAGACGUUUGUUCUUUACAAUUUUGUUACACUUCAAAGCCAAAAAGAGUUUUUUUUUUUUGUUUUGUUUAAUGUAGCACAAAAACCUACAAUACAUUUUCUAAAAAGUUAUAUCAUCUCGUAGAUCAGCUGGAUCUUAAAGGCAAAACGGGGUUUAACUUGCGAGGCAAGAAAACAAGCGAACGUUGUCGUACCAUGGUUGCAGCGUUGGAACGAGGACUAAGCGCUUCAAAAUCAUUCAAUUUCAAAAGAAUGUUUGAUUCACCCUCCACAAAACAGCAACAAUCUCAAACACUUGUCCUGGAGAACGGAGAUUCACAUCUUGUCGAAUCCAACACGCCCGAAAGUCAAAACUCUGAUAGCUUAGCAGAAAGCCCCGUUGAGAGCAUUCCUCCAAUGAUUUCCCCUCUUACUCGGCCGGGAAAACGACCCGAUAGACAACAAGCAGAUACGGAUAUGAUGAAGGACAGGUUCGCAAAACUACUACUUGGAGAAGAUAUGUCUGGUGGCGGAAAAGGCGUAUCUUCUGCUCUGGCUCUUUCCAACGCUAUCACAAAUCUUGCUGCGUCUAUAUUCGGGGAACAGACAAAGCUGCAACCGAUGCCACAAGAUAGACAAGCUAGGUGGAAGAAAGAGAUUGAUUGGUUGUUGUCUGUGACCGAUCACAUUGUCGAGUUUGUUCCUUCUAAGCAAACGAACAAAGAUGGAGUUUGCACCGAGAUUAUGGUGACAAGACAAAGAGGUGAUCUUCUCAUGAACAUCCCAGCCCUUCGAAAACUCGACACCAUGCUCAUCGAUACACUUGACAAUUUCAAAGGACACAAUGAGUUUUAUUAUGUGUCAAGAGAUUCAGAAGAAGGGAAACAAGCGAGCAAUGCAAGGUCAAACGACAAAUGGUGGCUUCCUCCGGUGAAAGUUCCUCCCGGCGGUUUGUCUGACCCGGCUCGGAGAAUGCUUUACUUCCAAAAAGAUUCAGUCACACAGGUUCAAAAAGCUGCAAUGGCCAUUAAUGCUCAAGUCCUCUCUGAAAUGGCUAUACCCGAGAGCUACAUCGAUUCUCUCCCAAAGAACGGAAGAGCCAGUCUUGGAGAUUCGAUCUACAAGAGCAUAACGGAGGAGUGGUUUGAUCCAGCGCAGUUCUUGUCCAUGAUGGACUUGUCGACAGAGCACAAAGUGUUGGAUUUGAAGAAUAAGAUUGAGGCAUCUGUUGUGAUUUGGAAGAGGAAGCUUCACGUAAAGGACAGCAAAUCUUCUUGGGGAUCAGCUGUUAGCUUGGAGAAAAGAGAAUUGUUCGAAGAGAGAGCAGAGACGAUCUUGGUCUUCCUCAAACAGAAAUUUCCUGGCCUUCCUCAAUCUUCCCUUGACAUCUCCAAGAUUCAGUUUAACAAGGACAUUGGACAAGCGGUGUUGGAGAGUUACUCGAGGAUACUUGAGAGCUUGGCUUACACGGUGAUGUCAAGAAUAGAAGAUGUUCUUUACACAGAUUCUUUGGCACUAAAGCAGGCUUUAUUGGCUGAAGAAACACCAGAUGGUGGGCGAACGGAGACGGAUUCAGAGUCACCGGGGUCUUCUAACUCGGGAGAAGAAACCGAGAAGCUUGACCGGCAGCAUUCCAAGACCUUGUUUGAUUUCAUGGGUUGGAGUGAUAAACCUACCACACCUCCAAGUGUUACGCCGAAAAAGUUAUCCUACUUGGAGAAGCUAGAGAAUUUUAACGGUUUUAGAAGCCCCAAAGAUAGAAAUUUAUCAUGAAAAUCCAUGCGCGGUGAUACGUUUACAGAGGACAUAAGAGUGUAGCUAGGGACAAGGAAUGAAAGCAUAGUAGCAAAUGAACUGUACAACGUUCACACUCACACCCUUCCUUCUGGCUUCAUUCCUCGGAAAGAGAAGUCCCUAGCUUAAGGGGUUUAAAAUUUUGAAAAAGAUAACUAUAUCUCAAUCGUGUACAUGUUGUUUCAUAAUCUUUAAAUGAUGUCUUUGUUGUUCUUCACUUACAAAAUUGUGGACAUUAAUCAUGGACAUAACAUGGCAAACAAGAAGCGUAUGGUGUAAAGGUACACCUACAAGGUUUGGAGCUCGUGUUUCUCACUCUUUUCUUAUCAAGAUUUUACCAUUUUCCACUAAAGCUUUUUAACUUUUUGAGGACGGAGCUUCUACCUUAUAGACUAGGAGACAAGUCACUUUUGCAAUCCUUUUUUUUUUUUGACAAAACACUUUUGCAAUCCCUCUGACGUAAAAAAUGUACUAAUUUUUGCUGUUAAAAAUGUAUAAUAUCCUAAAAUAUCCAAAAAGACACGGUUUUGAUUAUACAUUAUCCAUGUGAUGGUGAAUGAUUGGAAAUUUCAUGUUGUUGAUAACGCAUUGUCCAUGUGAUUGUUAAUGAUUAGAAGAAGUUUCACGCUGUUUUCAUCCCAGCUCCCCAACAUAGCGGUUGUCUUCAACAAUAAAUCAAUUAUGUGAGAUGAUACCCUCAUCCAAACAUAUAAAACUAUAACAAUGAUGCCAUUUAUUUAAAUCUAAACGGAUAGUCAAAUAUAAUUAAUUAAACAAAAUUAUCGAGAGCUAAAUAAUUUGGUUUCCGAUAAUAACUAAAAUAUUUAGGUACGUAUAUUCACAUGUUGCUAUUAUAAAGUUUAUCAUUAAGGACGUAUACAUAAAAUUACUUUAUAAGUAGAGACAUUUAUCAUUAAAUACAUACUAGAGCUUGAUCCGCGUAUCCACACGAAUUUUAGUUUUUAUUUUUCUGUAAAUUAUUUAAUAAUAUUUAUAAUAUGUAAGUUAUUUGGAUAUUUUUAGGUUUGUAUACAUCAAAACUAAAUCUAUCAAAAUCUGAAAAGAUCCGAUUCGAAACCCACAUAAUUUUUUUAUAAUAAUCGAAUGAAACUUAAUUUCAAAACCCAAAAAGCAUACAAAAGAAAUAAUAUGUAUUUAACGGGGUACCCAAAAUCUAUGUAUGACUGAUUCUAUAAUCAAAUAAUUUUUUUUUGUUAAUCAUUUAAUUUUUUUGACAAAUUGAGCAAUUUCAUUCAAAAAAGUCAAAUUAUUAUAGUUAACGUUUAAAAUAAAUUUUAUCGAAUUAUUAUGAGAAAUAAAUUUAAUAAAAUAGUCAAAAUAAAAAAAAGUAUAAUAAAAUAUUUUAAAAUAAAUA